CUAUUCUCCAGUGUCAUGAGCGUUCGUGAUAAGCACUGUCAUCAAAUAAACAUGUUAUCCAACUUUAAAAUCAGUUCUUUUACUUUUAGAAUGGCAAAAACUCAGUCAAAAUGAGACUGGUUGAUAAAAGUAUUGAUAAGGAGGGUGAGGGUUCAAUAACCCUCAUUCCUGAGGAACCUGAAGAUAUGUGGCAUGCAUAUAAUUUAAUAUCAGAGGGUGAUUCUGUACGAAGUACAACAAUUCGUAAGGUUCAGUCAGAAUCGGCUACAGGUUCCUCAACAUCAAAUCGUGUGAGAACUAUGCUCACUAUAACUGUCGAAAACAUUGACUUUGAUACUCAGGCUUGCAUGUUAAGACUUAAAGGUAGAAAUAUAGAAGAAAAUCAAUAUGUUAAAAUGGGUGCUUACCAUACUUUAGAUCUUGAAUUGAACCGUAAAUUCUCUCUCAGAAAGCACGAAUGGGAUUCAGUCUCAUUAGAAAGGGUUGAAAUAUCUGUAGAUCCAACUAAAAGUGCUGAUGUUGCCGCUGUUAUAAUGCAGGAAGGUUUAGCACAUGUUUGUUUGAUAACAUCAAGUAUGACAUUGGUUAGAGCUAAAAUUGAUGUUACAAUACCAAGAAAACGUAAAGGCUUUGUGCAGCAACACGAAAAAGGUUUGGCCAAGUUCUACGAGAAUGUUAUGCAAGGAAUUUUACGACAUGUUAACUUUGACAUUGUUAAAUGCGUUUUGAUUGGCUCUCCAGGGUUUGUACGGGAUCAAUUUUUUGAAUACAUGUUUCAAAUGGCUGUCAAAUUGGAUAAUAAGGUUCUUUUGGACAACAAAUCAAAAUUUAUGUUGGUGCAUACUUCUUCAGGCUUCAAACAUUCUUUAAAAGAGGUGCUGCAAGAUCCAGCAGUGAUUAACAAAAUAUCGGAGACAAAGGCUGCUGGCGAAGUAAAGGCUUUAGAAAAUUUUUAUACAACUCUUCAAUGUGAACCUGCCAAAGCUUUUUAUGGCAAAAAACAUGUCGAGACGGCCAACGAGGCUCAAGCCAUAGAGACGCUUUUGAUUUCUGAUAAUUUAUUUAGAUGUAAAGACGUAAAUUUACGCAAGGAAUACGUCAACUUGGUAGAUUCAGUACGCGAAUCAGGGGGAGAUGUAAAAAUAUUUUCAAGUCUUCACAUAUCAGGCGAACAAUUGGAGCAGCUAACUGGAGUAGCUGCAAUUCUUCGAUUCCCAAUGCCAGAACUCGAGGAUGAAGAUAGCGAAGCUGAAGAAGACUAAACAGAGAAUGUCUUUUUAUUUUUUGUUUUAAAACGGGUAAUUUUUUGACUUUUUAACCCUUGGAUGACAUAAUAUUUCACCAAUUUCUAUUUAUUUAAAUUAAUACUAGAUUUUGGUGGUUGUGCUCAAAGAAGUUCUAAAUUAAUUUUCAAAUUUUACUUCAGAUUUUACACUAUUUUAAUAAUUGUUAUUUUAGCGUUAAGGUACCUAAUUGUCAUUUUUUAGCAAAUUGUUGUUAUUGAUUUUUUCACAUUGUAUUAUAUUAAAUUGUACAUUUGUCAUUUAAAAAAAAAUGUACCCCCUCCCCUAAU